AUGUUAGCAACAACUUCACCAAACUCGUUAGUCAUGAACCCAACUUCAAUGUUAGUAGAGAUGAAAAGCUUCAUUCCUUCUUCAUAUACUUUCGAAACAGAAAUCCAGAAGAUAAAGCAGGAACUUCUCCAAGGAGUUUUAGACUGUAGUGCGAAAGAUGAAACAAAUGAAGAAUAUCUUUAUGAAAUGCAGGAUAUUAUUGACCAUCUACCUAAACUUCCUGAAAUACAACAACAAAAGCUUACUAUUCCAGAAUUCGAUGAAAUAGAAGUCAAAGCAACUGACUCAGUAGAAACCAAGAAGUUCAUACGUAAGGUAAACUAUGAGUUUCUUGGAUUUCAUUGCAACCACAAAGUCAUGGACAAAGACUGCGAUAUGGUAUAUAAAAACAUCUCUGACAUAUACAAAUCUGAAGAAUUUAAGACCUACGACAACUUUGUUUCGUUAGUUGCAAAAU